GGUCUGCGCCUGCGCGGACUGCGGCAGGGGGCGGGGUGUGAGAAGCAGAGUACACUGAGACUAGCGUUCAUUGCUGGCCAGUGCCUGCGUUUUUCACCACCUCUAAUUUCAGCUUCAGCAAGUUGCUUGGAACUUUGGUUCUGGCAGCAGCAGCAACAGAAUUACCGCUAGCGGCAGUUUUGUGCCGAGGCACCUACACACCUCCAGUCCUCUCUGCCAGAUCUACGCGCCGGUCGGCAGGACCAUGUCUCUGGUAAGCCAGAAUUCGCGCCGCCGCCGCCGCCGCGGUGCAAAGGCCACUGCGCACAACAGCGAAAUCCAGGCCCCUAAUGCCCCCGGGCUCCCCGGUGAUGUGCCAGGCUCGGACGUCCCCCAGGGUCCCAUCGACUCCCAGAUCCUCCAGGGCCUCUGUGCCUCUGAGGGCCCAAGCACCUCCGUUCUGCCCACCUCCGCUGAGGGUCCAAGCACCUUUGUGCCGCCUACCAUCUCUGAGGCCUCAAGCGCCUCCGGGCAGCCCACCGUCUCUGAGGGAACUGGCACCUCCGUGCUGCCCACCCCCUGUGAGGGCCUAAGCACCUCUGGGCCUCCCACCAUGUCUAAAGGGCUGUGCACAUCUGUGACGCUUGCCGCCUCGGAGGGCCAGAACACCUCCAGGCCGCCCACUUCCUCUAAGAAACCGAGCACCUCCUUGCCGCCCACCGUCUCUGAGAGACGGAGCACCUCCGUGCCGCCCACCCCUGGUGAGGGAACGAGCACCUCCGUGCCGCCCACCGCCUUUGAGGGACCAAGCACCUCCGUGGCGUCCACCCUUGCUGAGGGACCGAGCACCUCCGUGCCGCCCAACCCUGGUGAGGAAGCGAGCACCUCCGUGCCGCUCACCGCCACUGAGGGCCUGAACAUCUCCGUGCCGGCCACUCCUGAUGAGGGACUGAGCACCUCCGUGCUGCCCACCGUCCCUGAGGGCCUGAGCACUUCCGUGCCGUCCACCCCUGAUGAGAGACUGAGCACCUCCGUGCUGCCCACCGUCCCUGAGGGCCUGAGCACUUCCGUGCCAUCCACCCCUAAUGAGGGACCGAGCACCUCCGUGCUGCCUGCCGCCUCUGACAAACAAAGCACCUCCUUAGUGCCCACCCUCAGUAAGGGAUCAAGCACCUCUGUGCUACCCACCACCACUGAGGGCCUGCGCACCUCCGUGCAGCCCACUCCUGGUGAGGGACUGAGCACCUCUGUGCCUCCCAUUGCCACCGAGGGACCGAGCACCUCCGUGCCACCCACCGCCUCUGAGGGACCGAGCAGCUCCGUGCUGCCCACCCCUGGUGAGAGAAAGAACACCUCUGUGCCACCCACCGCCUCUGAGGGACUAAGCACCUCCAUGGUCCCCAACCCUUAUGAGGGACCGAGCCCCUCCGUGCAGGCCACCCCUGGUGAGGGACCGAGCACCUCCGUGCUGCUCACCGCCUCUGAUGGACAAAGCACCUCCUUCGUGCCCACCCCUAGUAAGGGAUCAAGCACCUCCGUGCCACCCACCACCACUGAGGGCUUGAGCACCUCCGUGCAGCCUACUCCUGGUGAGGGAACGAGCACCUCCGUGCCGCCCACCCCUGGUGAAGGACUGUGCACCUCUGUGCCUCCCACCGCCACUGAGGGACUGAGCGCCACCGUGCCGCCUAUUCCUGGUGAGGGACCAAGUACCCUAGUGCAGCCCACCUCCUCCAACGGACCAGGAAGCUCCGUGCUGCCCACCCCUGGUGAGGGCCCGAGCACACUGUUUAGCUCAAAUGCUUCUAUGGAUCGGAAUCCCUCCAAGUGCUCCGUUGUUUUGCCAAGCCCUGGGGAAUCCAAGGCCUCUGUGGACUCAGACUCUGAGGGUCCUAAGGGUGCAGAAGGCCCUAUAGAGUUCCAGGUCCUGAGAGACUGUGAGAGCCCCAACUCCAUUACUAUUAUGGGCCUCAGUACUUCCCGGGUUGCAAUUACCCUGAAGCCCCAGGACCCUAUAGAACAGAAUGUAGCUGAGCUGUUGCAGUUCCUGCUGGUGAAGGAUCAGAGCAAGUACCCUAUCCGGGAGUCUGAAAUGCGGGAAUAUAUUGUUAAAGAAUAUCGCAACCAGUUUCCUGAGAUACUCAGGCGAGCAGCAGCCCACCUGGAGUGCAUUUUUAGGUUUGAAUUGAGAGAACUUGACCCUGAGGCACACACCUACAUUCUGCUCAACAAACUGGGACCUGUGCCCUUUGAAGGGUUAGAAGAGAGCCCAAAUGGGCCAAAGAUGGGCCUCCUGAUGAUGAUUCUAGGCCAAAUAUUCCUGAAUGGCAACCAAGCCAAGGAGGCUGAGAUAUGGGAAAUGCUCUGGAGGAUGGGGGUACAGCGGGAAAGGAGGCUUUCCAUUUUUGGGAACCCAAAAAGACUUCUGUCUGUGGAGUUUGUAUGGCAGCGUUACUUAGACUACAGGCCAGUAACUGACUGUAAGCCAGUGGAGUAUGAGUUUUUCUGGGGCCCAAGAUCCCACAUAGAAACCACCAAGAUGAAAAUUCUGAAGUUCAUGGCUAAAAUAUACAACAAAGAUCCUAUGGAUUGGCCAGAGCAAUACAACGAAGCUCUGGAAGAAGAUGCUGCCAGAGCCUUUGCUGAGGGUUGGCAGGCCCUCCCUCACUUCAGGAGGCCAUUUUUUGAGGAAGUUGCUGGAGAGGUAGCAUCCCCUGAUUCAGAGGUUUCCAACUAUUCCUCAAAAUAUCCCCCACAUUCAUGGCCUGAGUCAAGAUUGGAGAGCAAGGCAAGGAAGUUGGUACAGUUAUUUCUGCUUAUGGAUUCAACUAAGCUGCCUAUACCAAAGAAAGGAAUUCUGUACUACAUUGGCCGAGAGUGCAGCAAAGUGUUCCCUGACCUCCUGAAUCGUGCUGCCCGUACCCUGAACCAUGUGUAUGGGACAGAGCUAGUGGUACUUGAUCCCAGGAAUCACUCCUAUACCCUGUACAACCGAAGGGAGAUGGAAGAAACUGAGGAGAUUGUAGACAGUCCAAACAGGCCUGGCAACAACUUUUUGAUGCAGGUCCUAAGUUUCAUCUUUAUAAUGGGCAACCACGCCAGGGAGUCUGCAGUCUGGGCCUUUCUGAGAGGCUUAGGGGUUCAAUCUGGGAGAAAGCAUGUGAUUACUUGCAGAUAUUUGAGUCAGCGCUACAUAGACAGUUUACGGGUUCCAGACAGUGAUCCAGUGCAAUAUGAGUUUGUGUGGGGUCCUAGAGCCCGUCUGGAAACCUCCAAGAUGAAAGCCCUGCGAUAUGUGGCCAGAAUCCACAGAAAGGAGCCACAGGACUGGCCACAGCAGUACAGGGAGGCAAUGGAAGAUGAGGCCAAUAGAGCUGAUGUUGGGCACAGGCAAUUCUUUGUUCACAACUUCAGGUAGAGGAAUGCAUGGCAGUCAGAGGGGCCUUGCAAGGAGGGGCCUUAGAGACUCAAGUCUCAUGUAUUGGGUGGGGGUGGGGGGGUGGGGGGUUACAUAUUGUAUUUGGUAUUUGUGUUCCAGUUCUAUUUAUGUCUUCUCAUGUUUAGUUCUUGUGUUGUGUCUUGAAAUGUUUCAACUGUUUUAAUAUACUGUCCGAUUGGGUAAAUGUGAUUGACCACUUGCUGUCUCUGUUGUAUUUUGGUAUGAGUUUUGAUAGCUUUAUAAAAUGUUUUGGAAAUAUUUCCAUCUUGUUGCAUUAUCUAGAAGAGAAUAUAUAGCAUAUAGCUAUAGAUAUAGGCUUUUCCUUGAAAGUUUGAACAAAUUUGCCAGUAAAAUAAUCUGGCUUAAAGUGAUAAACUAACAAACAAAUAUAGCAACAACUGAAAAAGCACUCUAAAUUGUGGCUGGCUUCCCUUUCUGUCUGCUAUUGUAUAAAGAAUACUGAUGUUUACCUGUAUUUGCUUUGCUGUAUUAAAAUGUAAUGAAAAAUAAAAGAUUAAUAAAUGAAAGAUAAUGCUAA